UUUAACGGUAAUGAGAGAAAAAAGAAGAGGAAACAAUCAUUCAGCAUGUAGAGCUGGGAAAAAGCUGGUUUUGAUCAAUCAAGAAGGAGAGAGAGAAAGAGAGAGGAGAGAGAAAAUUAGAAAAAAACUUUUUUCUUGUUCUUCUUCUUCCUCCUCUCCAAUUAUAUCUUUUUUCUUUUUUUGGCACCAGCUAGCACCCCUUCAAUAUAGAAUCUUAAAUUUUCUUUUUGAUCUUCAAUAAGUUAUGGGUAUUAUUGUUUUAAAUCUAUAAUAACAAAAAAAAAAAAAGUAUAUAGUAGCAAACAUAUAAUUUCAAGCUUCUGACUUUUAGAUUUAUUGUGAUGGGAGGUGGGAUCACAAAUCAAGAUUUGGCUCUUUCUUCCAAAUCUAUGGACCCUUCUAAAUUGAAGAAAAGGCUUUAUCAAGUUUGGAAGGGUCGCAAUAAAUUUCUCUGUGGAGGAAGAUUGAUCUUUGGUCCCGACGCAGCAUCACUGUACUUAUCUACAUUUCUCAUAGGGGCUCCUGCAUUGACGUUUUGCAUAAAAAUGCUUUUGAUGAUACCAAAAGUCAGUCCAAUAUAUGGACAUGUUGUAUUAAUUGUGGGACUCAUCAUCACAGUUUUGGCGUUGAGUUUUCUGUUCAUGACAUCUUCAAGCAAUCCAGGAAUUGUUCCUAGGAAUUCGCGGCCGCCUGACCUGGAUGAAAUAUUGACUACAAAUACAGCAUCUAUGGAGUGGGUAAACAAUGCAGCCCCUGAUUUGAAGUUACCAAGAACAAAGGACAUUUUUAUCAAUGGUCAUUCAGUAAAAGUCAAGUUUUGCGACACAUGUUUGCUAUAUCGUCCGCCACGUGCUUCUCAUUGCUCGAUUUGUAACAACUGUGUUCAGAGAUUUGAUCACCACUGUCCAUGGGUUGGUCAGUGUAUUGGAGUUCGUAAUUAUCGGUGCUUUAUCCUUUUUAUAUCAUCAACAACAACAUUGUGCAUAUACGUGUUCACAUUUUCACUGCUGAACCUUCUUGGACAACCAGGAAGUUUUUUGCAUGCCAUGUCAACGGAUAUUGUAUCUGUGGUUUUGAUAUGCUAUUGCUUCAUAGCUGUCUGGUUUGUCGGAGGGCUAAGCGUCUUCCAUUUCUACCUAAUGUCAACCAAUCAGACGACCUAUGAAAACUUCCGAUAUCGUUAUGAAAAGAAAAAGAACCCAUACAGCCGUGGCAUCUUGAAGAAUCUCAAGGAAAUCUUAUGCUCUAAGGUCCCGCCUUCAUUGGUCAACUUUCGCGAGUGGGUGAUUGAAGAAGACGAUCCAAGUGUGAGAUCCGCCGUCUCCAUGAGUCAUAAAUUUGGUUCAAUCAACUCUAAAGGGAAGUUUGAUUUAGAGAUGGGAGGCAUACUUGGAAAAGAUGGUGCUGCUUUCCAAGUUGAUUAUGGUGGCAUUGAUGAAUCUUUGAAGAAGGAGAGAAGCAAUAAUGCAAAAUUUGAUCCUCUUUUCUUUCCUGAUGAUCAAGAUGCAGAGUCAACACAUUCAAAUGAACAAAGAUCGGUUGAAGAUGGCAGAGCUGAUGAGGAAGGCAGCAACUGCGGAUCUUCAUAGCAGUUCUUCAUAGAUAAAAGGUCGAGCGAAUGAAUGAUGCUUAUCGACAUACAUUAUGAUGGAUGGCAUCAUCAGAUGGACCUAUUUGAAUGCAGAUGUUGAUUUUGCUAAGGCUGAAAAGACUAGUUGCUUCUUUUAUGUCUUCAAAUAUGGAAAUUACAGCAAGAAAUUGGAACUCUUUUGGAAAGUCUUUGGUACAUAAAAAUGAAAUAUAGAGUGGGAAAUGGAGCUAAAUGAGGAAACUCUCCUGUACAGUAUUAUAUAAUUUAUCUUCUUUUCAACU